AUGUUAUUGAACAAGGUUCAUUUUGCAGCAUUAAUAACAUAUUCAACUGAAAAAGGUUCACGUCCAGUAUCAGUUGCCAUAGGUGAUUUGAACAGCGAUCAAGUGCUGGAUAUCGUAGUUGCAAAUUUUGGCAGUAACAAUGUUGGUAUAUUUGAAGGAUAUGGAAAUGGAACUUUGAAAGACCAAAAAACACAUUCAGUAGGGUAUGGUGGUCAUCCGAAUAAGGUCACUUUUGGAAAUUUUACUAAUGGUGAUUGGAUGGAUAUUGCUGUUGUAAGCUAUGAUACGGAUACUGUAUUACUUCUUUCAAAGAUUUGUUAA